AUGAAUAUUGUGAUUUUCAUUCUACCAAUUGUAUAUGCCUGCAUAGACUCAUUCGACUGUUUUACAGACAGUUCCAGAUUUACUUGCAAUGGGGAACCCUGUGCAGGAAAUCUAACAGAACUAGAUAACUUUGUCAAAUUUACAAAUAAUCUUUCCAUGUACUAUUAACUGGAUGCCACUAACAUUACCUUGUUAUUCGAAUUGCAAUUAUGCUAGAGAUUUGCCAUUGUGUUUAAUUACACAAAAAUGAAUGACAUGAAUAGAACUUAUGAUGAAUAUGACAUUACCGGCAAAGACAUUAUUUUCUUCAGUUGGGCACAAACCUAUGAUGAUUUGUAUGUUAAUGACAACAUUGGAGCAUCUGCAACCGCAUUUAUUUGGGAUGAAUAAAAGGGAGGAUUUUAAAGUUGGCACAUUUUGGGAUAUGCCAUCAUAAAUGAAACAAUCAGAAUCAAAAUCACCAGAGCUAUUCAUACAGAAGAUAAGGAAGACUAUCAAUUCAGUUAUCAAUAUGUUGAUAUCGGAUAUCUUAUCGUCUAUGAUAAGGAAGGAGUGGUCUAUAGAAAUUAUAAUAGAGGAGUAGUCACUGUGGAUUUAUAUAACUUAGGUAGUAAGGAAGAGAAAUACGAACAGUUUACAGACGAAGGGCAUUCUAUUUUCCUCUUUAUUUUUUGGAGUUUCAUGUCAGAUAUUGGAAUCUUCUUUGGUAGAUAAUUAAAGAGUUAUCCGAAGUAUGCUAAAGUUCACGGAAUGAUAUUCCUAUUCUAAAGCAUCGUGACCUAUAUCUUUGCAUUCAGUAAAAUCGAAUAUAGUACUUUAUAUUUAUAAUAGUCCAGAUAAGUUGAAGAUCCAAGAAAUCUAUUAUUAUGAUGGGUUGAUCAUAGCUCAUUUUGUUGUUGGAGUCUUGAUACUGAGUUUUCUGUUGCUCCAAUUGAUGAUGGGCAUGAUUGUCAAAAACAAUCUAGAAUCUUUGAAUGGAUCCAAUAAAAUCUAUAAAGUGAAGAGGAUGCACUUCUAUCUUGGUUACUUCAUCUAUCUAGUUACCAAGGCAUAGGUAGCCAUGGGAGUUCAUAUUCAAAGACCAGAUUUAUUGUAACAUUCAAAUCAUUCAAUGUAGAAUUCCCUUCUAUUACUUCUAUGUGUUUCUCUUCUUUACCAAAAUGUCAAUCGAAAUACUCUAUUAUUAUGAAGUGUCCAUUAUACCAAGACAGAGAAUCACCUAUCAGUAUGUAGAAUUAGACAAGAAUCAAAUCUAUGAGAAUUUGAUUGACAAAAUAAAUCAGAAUGGUAACUAUCAUUAGUAUAUCAAUUAGUUCCAAGAAAUCAAUUAGUUAAAGAAUAUUAGAAAUUAAAUUACAUAAUCCUUAGAGAAGCCAUUUAUGAUGUCAGUGAUUUUAACCACCCAGGAGGUUAGUAUAUCCUAGAGAGAAUUACUGGAAGGGAAAUUGGUCGAUACUUUUAUGGAGGAUUCCCAAUUUAAAAUUUGAAUAUCAAAAUGCACAUCCAUACUUAAUUUGCUAUCAAUUAUAUUGAAACUAGAUACUUAGGAGAUUACAGAAAUGACAAUUGUCCACUUUUAUAUUAUGAGGAAAACACAUCUCAAAUUGAUAAAUACGUAUGGAAGUUUGAACAAUACAUUCCAUUUGCUUCGGAUGUUGGCUUAUUCAUAUUCAAAAGUCACUUCUUUUAGGUUCGUCAAUUCUUAAAAGGCGUUCAAUGGUUUGGACGAUACUUCUACAUUAAACCCUUUGGAACUGGCAUCAAACUGGCAGAAAGACCUUAUUCAAUCGUUAUGUCAUACACUCAUUCUGCCAUCCUCAAGAGACAACAAAUACUAGAUUUUUUCAAAUCUUAAGUCAUUGAGUAGGAUUAUUAACCCUUUUCCCCUUAGCAAUAAGCCACCUUGUCUGAUGAAAUUAACUUUGUUGUGAAGAGAUGUGAUUUCUCUAACAACAUGAGUCGAUUUCUUCAUGGCACAGGUCACAAACCAUAUGAAAUUACAGGACCCUAUGGCUUUGGUUUGGAAUUAGAUGCUCUCUCUGAUGGAAUUCAUUAUGCAUUUGUAUAAGGCACAGGAAUUUUGCCAUUCCUUGACCUUAUAGAUUACCUCCUUAAAAAAGCUAUCUACACCAUUCUACAUGAUCAAAGAAGCAAAGAAGUAGCUGAUUGCAUUAAUGAUAACAAUGAAGAAUAUCUGACUACUUUAGGUCCAGAUUUCUAGUUAAUAAUGCAUGCAGCUUUUAGCGAUAUUGCUCACCUUUAUGGACUUCCGAUUAUUUAGGAUUUGCUGUUUAUUUGUAAAACCUUUUAAUUAGACAUUUUUGAUAUUAAGAUUAUGAUCAAGGAUCGUAUUAAUAUUCCAGAGGAGUUGUCAAACUAUAUGGUUGAAUCAUAUUUCAAUCUUAAAUAUAUGAAGGAGCACUUAAAGUUCAAACCCACAAAAGUGUACGUUUGCGGAAGUCCUCAAUUUGAAGAAGAAAUUCAAACCAAUUUAUUUGAUCUUGGAAUACCAAAAAAAUAUUUAGUUAUUGUGUGA